CUCUGGUGUCUCUGCACAGCUCUCAGAAAAUGAACCAUCUUUCCAUCCCUGAACGAGAUCUUGUCACAUCAGCACGAGUGGAAACUGGGGCAGUGACAUCCUGGGAUGACAUGGAGAAGGUUUGGAGACACCUGUAUGAACAAGAACUCAGAAUGAAGCUGAGUGAGAGGCCAGACCUGCUGAGCCGCCCCCUCAGUGCUUUGUGCCAUCAGGAACAGGAGGUUGUCAGGGAUGUACAGGAGAAGCUGUGCUCUGCUGCCUUAGAGCUCUGCCAAAAUAUACAGGAAAAGCCUGAAAAGCUUGUGUCAAAUCCACCAUCUAAAUCCAACAUCCCCAGGAACCUGCUCAAACUGGGCAGGUUGACUCUCUCCCAAGGUUUCAAGGAGAGGCUGCUGAAGAAGCUCCAGGCAGGAGUUUCCAUGUGGAUUGGUGCUUCCAUGCUUGGCGGUUUAAGAGCAUUCAGGAAUAUGUGGAUUGCCAGGGGAGACUAUAAUGAGGUUGGACCAACAGUACUCCUGAGAAAAUGCUUUUGA